AUGGAUUUGGCCGGCGGGGUUUUGCUGGAUGUGGGCGUCUACUCCCUAACAUGGGUCUUCCAAACCCUCUACCACACCCGGCCCCUCGGCCACCGCAAACCACCCUCCUCCAUCAGCUCCCAGAUGAUCCACUACCCCGCGACAGGCGCCGAUGAAUGCAGCACCAUCCUGCUCGAAUUCCCGCAAUCGACGCCCGCCGGCACGCAUAAAGCUCAGGGUGUCGCGAUGACAAACUUCCGCCUUCUCUCUAAUCUGGACGGGAAAUGGACUGCGGGGCCCACGGUGCGCAUCCAGGGCACACGGGGCGAGAUUCAGGUCUUCGGGUACCCAUUUCAUCCGGAUAGUUUUAAGGUGAUUCCCCUUACGGGUCUUGGGGAAGCUGGUGACGCACGAGAGGUUAGGGAGGUCGUGGGUGAGUUUCCGGGGGAAGGAAAAGGUAUGUAUUGGGAGGCUGAUGAGGCGGCGAGGUGUGUGAGAGAUGGGAAGUUGGAGAGUGAAACGAUGUCGUGGGAGGAAAGCUUGGUGAUCAUGGAUGUCAUGGAUGAGGCGAGGAGGCAGGGUGGGUUGAAGUAUCCGGAUGAGAUUGAGUCGACGGAGUAUCCGAUCACGCUCGGGGGGAAGAAGGGAGUUGCUUAG